AUGGCUACCACAACCACCACCGUGACUGAGCAGACAAGUGCUCCUAUCAAAGCUGUCAAUGAUGGCCGUAUGAGAAUGGAUGGAAACGAUCCCGCUUAUGGCGACUGGAGGGAUGAGCUUCUCCAAGACGGUUACGCCAUCAUUAAGGGUGCCAUUCCAAGAGAGCGCGCAGACGGCUACGCCGACAAGAUGUACGCCCUGCUUGAAUCAUUUGGCCUUGGCUAUGACCGCAACGACCCUUCGACUGUUCAUCCGGACAAUUUGCCCGUGAUCAACGAGAAGGGCAUGCUGAUGGCAUACGGUGCAUGCCACGAAGAUUUUGUCUGGGAUAUUCGCAGUGAACCUGGCGUCGUCGGAGCCUUUGAGAAGAUCUAUAACACGGAAGAUCUGAUUGUCUCCUUCGAUGUCAUUAACUAUGGCUUCGCCAACCGCACCCACCUCCCUGAGAACAAGCCCUGGCCUCACCAAGACCAAGAUCCCGAAAAGCCUGGCUUCCGCUGCCUCCAAGGCCUUGUUAAUCUUCAUCCUUGCGGCCCUGAUGAUGGUGGCUUGAUUGUAUGCAAGGGAUCUCACAACUUGAGCGCCCAAUUCCACGAAGCGCUCAAAGAUGAGCCUCGCAUCCCUGCUUGGACUAAAGAGUGGUAUGGCUUCACGGACCGCGGCAUGGAGUGGCUCAAAGAGCAUGGUGGAGAGUGGCACAAGGUCUGCGCCGACCCAGGCGAUCUCAUUGUAUGGGAUUCGCGUACUGCCCACUACAAUGUUCCGGUUAAGAGCAACAUCGAUCGCAUGGCGGUGUACACUUGCUUCAUGCCGGCGACAGACGCCACUCAGGAGGAUUUCCUACGCAAAAAGUCUGCAUACGAGUGUACUACCCACUGGCCUAACGCCCGACACACGGGUUCUAACACUGCAACCCGCAAUGGAAAGCCGGAUCUUGUUGUUCGGGAAAGACCUCUCAAUGACAGGGUCCUCAGUGAGAGAGCCUUCAAGCUGACUGGAAUCCCAUACAUCGAGGCAUGA